AUGGGUUUCAGUAGCAAAGCUUUGGUUUUCUUCCUGGUAACUAUGAUGGCAGCAGCUUCGUCAAUGGCUGCAACUUAUGAUGUUGGUGAUACUGCUGGUUGGACAACCAUAGGAGACAUCAAUUACGAUGAGUGGGCUUCUUCCAAGACUUUUCACGCUGGAGACACCCUUCGUUUCGUCUACAAUCGAGAUUAUCACAAUGUCUUACAAGUGACAUCUUCAAACUAUGAAUCCUGUACUACAACAGCCCCACUCGCCACCUACUGGACAGGGAACGACGCUAUUCCAAUCAUGAGGGAUGAUGAUCACUUGUAUUUCAUCUGUGGUAUCCCUGGUCACUGUGAAAUGGGCCAGAAGGUUGAAAUUCAAGUUGCUGCCCAAGCUCCAGCUAUUUCACCACCUUUAGCAACUCCGCCACCAACCUCUACACCUUCAGCAACUCCGCCACCAACCUCUACACCUUCAGCAACUCCGCCACCACCCUCUAAAUCUUCUGCGUCGUUUCUCUCUUGCAGUCUCCUUGUCGGUUUAGUUGGUGCCGCAACUUAUCUUAUUUUCAUGCACUAG